AUGAAGAACCAAUCUACCAUUACAGAGUUCAUCUUGGUGGGUCUUUCCAGCUUCCCUGAACAUCAGAUGUUCAUCUUUUGGGCAUUCUUCUUCUUUUAUGCAGCAGCAUUGGUAGGCAAUGCCCUAAUCAUCCUUGCCAUCUGCACUUGUAGUAAACUCCACAUGCCAAUGUACUUCCUGCUCAUCAAUUUGUCUAUCAUAAAUGUGUGUUCUAUUUCUGUUACAGUUCCCAAAAUGCUGCAAACUAUUUUGGCAAUGAGAAAGACCAUUACAUUUCCUGGUUGCAUUACACAGGUUUAUCUCUUCACCUUGGCUCUAGGGACUGAACUCUUACUCCUUGCAUUCAUGGCUUUCGAUCGCUAUGCUGCUAUCUGCCACCCUUUCCAGUACUCAGUCAUCAUGAGGAAAGAGGUUUGCAUUGGGGUGAUGGCUGGACUGUGGCUCAUAGGCAUGGUCAAUUCUACAGUUCACACAGGACUUGUAGUGCAGCUUUCUUUCUGUAAUUCCAAUGUCAUCAACCAUUUCUUCUGUGAGCUGCCACCCAUGUUCAAGAUCUCCUGCUCAGAUACAAGUCUGAAUGAAAUCAUGGUUUUUGCAGCUUCUGUGAUCAUUGCCAUAGGUAGUUGUGCAUUAACAUUAACAUCCUAUUGGUUUAUCUUGAGAACCAUAAUCAGAAUCCGCUCCACGGAAGGGAAAAAAAAAGCCUUCUCUACAUGCUCAUCCCAUCUCUUAGUUGUGAGCUUUUACUAUUCUACAAUUAUCUAUACUUUCCUUCGGCCUGCCUCAGCCUAUUCCUUAGAGGAAGACAAGGUUAUUGCUAUCCUUUACUCAGUAGUAACCCCAGUCUUCAACCCGCUGAUAUACUCUCUGAGAAACACUGAUGUUAAAGAGGCUCUCGCAAAGGUAAUAGGCAGAAGGUUCUUCCAGAGAGACUAG